GUAGCUGGCUAGCUAGUAGGGGAAGGAAGUCUCGGUCCAGCGGUGUGAAGCAACGCCGGUCAAAAGCAACCCCAAACGUUGUCUUUUUCGAGGCACCGUGAGACCGUGAGAUAUUUUCUAUUUAUUUUGGUCUCAAACAUUAGCAACAGAAUCGCAUCAGAUAAUCAACAUCCCAUACUGGCUAGCCUACAUAAUAUCAUCAACACCAUGGAGUCCAGCAAGAAAGCAAAAGAUGACAAUAGCAGGAGCGGGAAGCAAGGCAAGGUCUCCUUUCCCGAGAGGCUCAUGGCCCUAAUUGAAGAGCAAGUUGCACCUGACGCUAUCUGGUUUCUGCCGGGUAACAGGGUUUUUGUCAUUGAACAAAAGAGGUUUACCGCUGAAGUCUUGGACAAGUACUUUCAGGGGACCAAGUUCAUGUCCUUUGUUCGGCAACUGAAUCGAUUAGGCUUCAGGCGAAUUUCGCGCAGUUCAGUCGACGUGCCCAAAGGAUCCGUGGUCUUUGUACACUCUCUGUUUCGCAAGGGGCACCCAGAGAUGGUCAAGACCAUCGUCGACCGCAAGAGGGAUGAGAAGAGUUUGAAAGCGCAGCAAGCCAAGGAAGCUGCGGAGGCUGCCGCCAAACGGAGGAAGACCCUUCUCGUCCAGUGCAAUCAGGAGCAACCACCGUCUCCUGAUAUCGCCCUGUCGGGUCAUUCUGACACCAAGCCUCCAGCCAAGAAAUUCAUGAAACCUUCCCCGAGCGCAGUGCAUCAAGUGGAGAGGAAGAGGGCGGCAGUCCCUGCUCAGCAAGUCUCAUGGGCGUCGGCUGUACCCACGCAGCCAGCUUACAUCCACCGCUCACCUUCUGUCAGUGUUUCGAGUGCUUCGUCUGGGAGUACUGCGCAGAAUUCAGCACAAGCCCCUAAUGCCAGUACGACGACGAAUAAUGCUGUCCCGGCCUACGCUACCGGUACCUCGAGUGCCCAGAAUCCUGGACAAGCCCCAAGCAACACCAAUACCACGACGGACAGCCUCCCAUUCGAUGUGUCUUCCUUAUCCCAAAAUGAUUUGGUGGAACUACUAAAGCUUUUGCGGUCUACCCCUUACGAUGUGUCCAAAUUGACUCCUCAGGACUGGAAGGACUUGAUACAGCUGUUGAAGUCAAGUACGACAGCGCAGUCCCCAGCUCCACCGGUGCCACAGCCUCAACCCGUGCAGCGUCCACAGCUUGUGCGGCCUCCUCAACCACCUGCUCCUUCCAAUAAUCCUCCAACUGCGGAAUCUUUCGUGGCCUCUUUGAUGGUACUUAUUGCUGGCUGCAAGAAAUCCUGAGACAAGCAAUUCAACCGUACUAUUCCAUCUAUUGUAUCUCAGUUUACUUGCGUGGGACGAUUCAUGGCGCACAGUGCCUUCGAAGCAAUCUAUGGCGUGUUGCAACUAAGAUGCAGAUGCAUUCUCUACCACUACCGGUACCGUAGCUAGCUAGAUAGUAAAUAUUGAUUUAUAGUUGAAAAGUAGGCCCAUGUAGUGGCUACCGGCAGCUUGCUCUGGCGCCCUGAAGGGUUGGGUUUCGUUUCGAACCAGUGCUGUCUCUAGCUAAUAGUAUUAUACAGACCAAGAACUGGCUUCAACAGAGAGCCAAUUCAAGUUGCCGGCAGGUUGUCUCAUUCAGGGUCUCAGUGUCAUGCGCAAAUGCUAACAAGACACCAUGCAGGGAUGAGCCAACCAAGAGAAAGUCAUACAGUGAAACCGUGGCAUUCUACGGCGAGACGAGAGCGAGGAAGACUCGUGCUCUGUGCCUUUUCCGCUCACUGUCUCAACCAUCUUCAAAACUCUUCAACCCAAGAUAGUCAUCCGUGGUUUUGGCUCGGUCAACAACUGGGACUUCGCUCUCUGACGAUGCACAAAACGGUACUGGAUCAACAAAACUUCGCGAAGUACAGUACACCGUAGACUGAGACAGCUAUUGAGACAUUGAGACAUCCGGGCAGGCCGUAUGACGAUCGGUACUUACUUACGUGGACCAGUGCGGGUGGUAGCUGGUACCGGUAGCUGGUGGUACUAUUAAUACUACACUAGCUAGCUAGACUAGUACUGGUACCUGGUACCGUACUAGCUAGAUACCGGUAGAACAUGUACUCGACGCCAAUGAAGAAAACAAUCCUGCUGAGCUGGAAGGGGGAAAGACAUCAAGAGUUAUUGGUCCUAGCUAGUCCGCCGGUACCAUCCGC